AGCGGAACCAAAGUCACUUCUUGUUUCUGCCGGUCUAUAAAGGAAUAACGGCGUCGUGGCGGUUCGCUUGAAAACACUAUGGCGUCGAGAAGAACAACAACAACAACAAAGAGUUUAAAAAGUGUCUCCGCCGACACUAAAAGCCUCAAAGCUGUGAACAAUGCUAAUAAAACGAACAACAGUGGAACCGCGAAGAAAAGUGUUAAAUCUGGGACUAUUGUCAAGUCUCGCUACAUGCAGGCUGCUGAGAAGUCAUCUCUUUCAAAGAGUAACUCCGUGACCAACGAGUCGAUCGCUGCGCCUUCCUCGCCUAAACCCAAACCAAGGGUGGGCACUCCACCAAGACGCUCGAUGGCCCCUCAGGCUUUGGCAUCAACGAUGAUGUCACAUGAAAGUGAACCAUCACUGCUGGGAAAAAGUAUUCUGCAGUCCACUUUCUCCGAUGGACACUGCUUUCUACCGGAUUUUGAUAUCUCAGUCAUUAAAGGGAAAGUGACUGAAAAUGCAGUCGAACCUGAGAGAAAUCCAGAGAAUGACAAGAGGCUCAUUGAGAUGCAAACAUUCCUGCUGGCCUACCUCACAGCUAAGAUGGAGAGCAAUACUGCGAAGCUCAAGGCUGAAGCAGAGGCGAGGACCCUGCAGGAGAUGGAGGAAGAAGAAGCGCUGCACAAUGAAGUCCAAGAGAAGAAGCGCCAGUACCUCCUCAUGGAAAAGGAAAGGCUGGUGAAUGAGAUCCUGGAUUUGCAGAUUGCUGCACUGACUCCUGUGGCAGAGGCCGCCAAGACGUUCACAAAGGACUACACGUCUUUUGCUACAGCUGUUGACACCACUCGACAUGAGCUGCCUGUCAAGAAUUUCUACAUUGACGGGGACAGAAGGGAAUUUCUAGAUAAGGCUGAGGCUUGCCUGAAGGAGAGUGAGAAGUUGCUGGUCGAGUGCACAGAGGGGGAUCAUAAGGACAGCAGCACUUCUCUAGAGUGCCUCAGGGACAUGAAAAUGACAUCAGAAGACAUCAGUCAGCAGCUGUCGGGUGCGUUUUCAGAGCUGCAGGAGCUGUCAUCAUUGGUCUGCCGCCAUACAAUCCAUGUCCAGCAGGCCAUGGAGGAAGAGCAGCUUGGCACCGCAAGAAACCUUGAGCUCUACUGCCCCAAACAGUGAAGGAUUACCACACAGCAUGGGGGACAUGCAGUACAUGCACUUUAGAAUACCCCUCCACCCCAGAUCUCUCCUUUUUUUGGGGAUAUAUUUGUACCAUUUGUUUUGUGUUUUUUAUGUCUGAUUUCUUUGCAGCUUUAUUAUGAAACAUUGUAAAUGUUGAAUAAUGACUGACACUGUUUUAUAGAUUGUUAAUAAAAUAGAAAAAAAA